CAUGACCUCAUUCAAAAUUGGGAUGAGUUUGGCAAAAUCAGAAUUGAAUUCACCUGGAUUUGUAAAAUUUCUUUCCGUCGAUUCAAUUGGAGGAGCCUUUACAAUUGCUUUGUCGGAUUGUAGAGCUGAGGGCCUACUUGAUAAGAUCAAUAUAAGCCUAAUAUGGACAGAUGACAAGUGCGAUUCUAGAUUAGGACCAGAGGCCCAAUACGAAUUGAUUGACAACGAAAAUGUUGAUGUUAUAAUAGGAAGUCUAUGCUCUAGAGUAACGCUAAUAUCGUCUGUAUACGCAAGCUACAAAAACGUUCUAUUAUUGAGCUCCUCGUCUUCUGAUGUAAAGUUGGAUGAUAAAAAUGUUUAUAAUAACUUAGUAAGACCUGGUGUACCAAGCUACUAUACUAUAGGGGAUACUAUCGCCCGAAUAAUGGAUAAUUUCAACUGGAGGAGAAUGGCUAUGGUAACUCUAGAACUGGGAGGUUGCGAAUUUAGUCUUAGUUCUAUCAAUCGUGUUUUCCUUGAGAGAAAUGAUUUACUUUUAUCGGAUAGAAUUAUUCUUGGUGUAAAUUCUGGUGAAAACGACAUAAAGGAGGCGUUAAAGAGAAUAUCCGAAAGAGCGAGAAUUAUUUACGUUUGCUUGACUACUGACCAAUUAAGGUCACUUUUUCAUCUAACAAAGAUAUUGAAUAUGGACGAAACGGAAUACGUAUUCCUAUUUUUUAUGGCAUUUCCAAGUAAUUUCAUAAAGACUCCUUGGGGAAGCGAAGUUGAUGAUCAACCGAAUGCUCAAGAAAUAAAGAAUGCCUACGAGUCUCUACUCUUUAUAAGUCUAUCUUCGUUGGCUGGACCAUAUGUUGACUAUUUUCUAGGAGAAGUGCCAAAACAGACGGCUAAAUCUCCAUUUUUUAUAUCGGAUUAUCAAGAUAUGAAUCGAACGGCUUCGAUUUAUAGUAUUUUUGCGUAUGACACUACAUACUUUCUCUGUCAUUUGUUAAACGAAUCUGUGGAGAAUAAUCGAGAUGUACACGACAUUGAAUGGAUGAUAAGUCAAUCAAAGAACCGUUAUGUUACUGGAAGAUUCGGGCGAAUAGAAUUGGAUUCUAACGCCGACCGACUUCCUGGUUAUUGGGUAUGGCGUUAUAAUAGAGAAAAAUCAGAAUUUCAACAUUGGUUGAACGUAAGUUUAACAAAAGGCUUGGGAAAUACAACAUUAGUAAAGGAGCAAAAUUACCUUCCAUGGAUGACAAAAGAUGGUUUACCUGUCAGAGAUACACCUCUUUGCGGUUUUAGAGGAGAAAAAUGCGAACAAGAAACCACAGAUUCCAGUAAAGUAUUGAUUCCAAUUGCUUCUACUCUGGUUGCGAUCAUUGUUAUUUCGAUAUCUUUGUCAAUUUUCAUCUACUUUAGGAGAAAGAAAAUUGAAUUUGAAAUACGUCAAAAAGUAUGGAAAAUUGAUAUGAAUGAUGUUCAAAUCAUGAACAAGGCUACCCAUAGCGUUAUGUCAAGUAUGAAAAGUUUCAAGUCGAAUAUAUCGGAUAUCUUUCGUUCGACUGAAGAUGGCAUUGGCGAAAAUCAAAUUUAUACCAAGAUUGGUCUUUACAAAAGUUUAACUGUUGCAAUUAAGUCAGUUGCUGUUUCCGGACCGAAUAUCAGCUUUCAUAUGAAUAGAUUAAAGGAAUUAAAAGAGAUGAAAGAAAUGAAUCACGGAAAUUUAAACAGUUUUAUCGGUCUUAGUAUAACACCAACUCGCAUCUACAUACUCUGGAAAUAUUGUUCAAAGGGAAGUCUGCAAGAUAUUCUAGAAAAUGGGGAUAUUCAAUUGGACAGUUUCUUCAAGACAUCUCUUAUUAGCGAUUUGGCUGCGGGAAUGAACUUUUUGCAUUCGUCAAUCUUAAAAUUUCACGGACAUUUAACCAGCUCGUGCUGUUUAAUUGAUAGUAGAUGGUCUUUAAAAAUAAGCUGGUACGGAUGUCAUGACUUGGAGGCUUUGCUAUUGAAAGAAGCUUUAAAGGAGGAAGACAGAGGAGAUUAUGAAAUAUUUAAAAAAUUUCUCUGGUUUCCACCGGAGAUACUAAAAGAAUGCUGUCAAGACUUCAAACAAUUAUCCCUGCCACUUGGUUCUAAAGAAGCAGAUGUUUAUGCUUUUGGCUUGAUUCUAAGUGAAAUUUUAUACAGAGGAUUACCGUUCUUUAUGACAUAUUUAUCACCUAAAGAGAUAGUUGCUAAAGUAAUAGAGAAUAGUAAUCCUCCAUUUAGACCUACGUGCCCGAAAGAUUUUCAAUCGAAUGAGGAAGGGCACAAAAUAGAAGAACUCAUGAAAGAGUGCUGGAACGAAAAUCCGGAAGAUCGACCUAGUUUUUCUAAAAUUUCAAAGAAUAUAAGGGGAUUUUCCUCAGGAAAAACUCAAAAUUUGAUGGACAUAAUGAUAAAAAAGUUAGAAAAGUACGCGAACAAUUUGGAGGAAAUCGUCGAAACACGAACAAACGAAUUAGUAGAAGAGAAGAAGAAAACCGACAGUUUACUAUAUCGCAUGCUACCACCUACUAUUGCUGAUCGGCUGAAAAGAGGACAAAUCAUAGAAGCUGAAAUGUACGAUUCGGCCACAAUAUUCUUUUCGGAUGUUGUUGGAUUUACUGCACUCAGCUCGGAAAGUUCGCCAAUUGAGAUUGUGAAUCUAUUGAAUGAUUUAUAUACGCUUUUUGAUGGUAUAUUGAAUUUGUACGAUGUCUAUAAAGUUGAAACUAUCGGCGAUGCAUAUAUGGUUGUUUCUGGAAUUCCUUCACGGAAUGACUUGCAGCAUGUUGUAGAAAUCUCUAAUGUCGCUCUUCAUUUAUUGGAAAGCGUUCUUACGUUUGAAGUUCGCCAUAAACCAGGUUUAAAGUUAAAUCUUAGAAUUGGUAUUCACACUGGACCUUGUGCGGCUGGGGUUGUGGGCUUAAAAAUGCCAAGAUAUUGUUUGUUUGGUGAUACAGUGAACACGGCGAGCAGAAUGGAAAGUACUGGCGAACCAUUGAAGAUACACAUGUCGAGUUAUUGUAAACAGACCCUUGAAACCGUAGCUCAAGGAAACUAUGAAAUUAAGCUUCGUGGGAAUAUCAAUGUCAAGGGAAAAGGAGAAAUCACGACAUAUUGGCUGAUUAACAAGACUACCUAG